AGAGAGGGAGAAAGUGAGGUGAAUGAGUUCCUGUCUUUAACCAACGUAGUGCGUGCCUCUUCAAAAUUGAGGACUAAUCAUUUACAUACAGAUACAGUCAGACAGAAUGAUAGAAGCCAUCUGGAUGGGAGAGAUCAUGGCUGAGGAAGAGUACUAAAUGUCAAUGUGAAUGGGUGGAGUGACGGUGAGACCGGGAGGCUGGUUGAACUGAGAGCUGAACUUGGGUAUUUCAAGUAUUUUUAAACAUUCUGUCACGUGUCAGUCAUUGCCCUUCAGAAAGGCAACAGAUUUUUAUGACAAGAACAUUGGACUUUUUUUUCUUUUGAGCAAUAACCUGUUUUUGAGGACAUCUGAAACCAACCCAAAUCAUUUUUGGUAAGGGGUUGCACAUUUGCUUGGUAAGCGUGCUAUUCUUUUCUUGUUCCGCGUGUGAAAACAUAGGUCAGUGGCAAUGAUGACAAAAGUUUCUCGGGGACCUACUCAUGGAUAACAUACACAUUUUGUGUUGGUGACUAGGUGAUCACCAUAAAUGUGUACAUACAUACACACAGAGGACAUCUACAUCACCCACACUUUAAUUGUGUGAAGGAAGUGAGUAAUGUCAACACUAUCUUAGUCGACUGUUAAUUCAGACUCUUCAGGCUGGCUAGCACUCCACGUGUGGCUCACUAGAUGCUUGAGGUCAGUCUUUGCACUUAGCGCUUCUAUUUGAGCAUCUAUAAUGGCAACGGCAAGAAGUUCGGGGACCGGUUCCCCCACCAGCGCUGACCGUAAACUUCUGGAUAAAGUUCUUAAGAGACUGGACAAACUGCAUAAACUGUGCACUGACCCAAGGCUGGGUCUAAAAAAUAGCCCACCAUACCUUCCUGAGCUAUUGUCAGAGACUGCAAUCCACCUAUCAGAAGUAUGGGCGCCCUACAGGGGAACCAUGAUGGCUGUGCCACGAGGGGACGAGGGAGAGUAUCUUAGGAUCCAUAUCCGACACUUGUUGAACAAGAUAGACAGAGCUGUACUACUCUUCAAGGAGGGCAGGGAAAAGAUGUUUGAAGAAACAUCAAGCUGCAGGAGAAAUCUUACAAAGAUGUCACUUCUGUUCAGCCACAUGCUGUAUGAGCUGCAAACUAUGUUUCCUGGGGGACACUUUCAGGGCGAUACCUAUAUGGUUACAAAGACAGAGGCCAAAGAUUUCUGGAGGAAAGCCUUUGGACACAAGUGUAUAGUGCAGUGGAACAUUUUUAAGCAGCAGUUGAGGAGGGUUCAUUACUUUGAAGAGGGAAUGGAGGCUAUGGCUUUGAAGUCCACAAUUGAUCUCACUUGUAACAAUCACAUAUCCAUAUUUGAGUUUGAUAUUUUCACAAGGCUUUUUCAGCCCUGGUCAACUUUGUUACGGAAUUGGAAUCAGCUAGCAGUAACUCACCCUGGAUACAUGGCGUUUCUCACCUACGACCAGGUGAGGGUCCGACUAGAGCACUACAGACAUCGUCCUGGCAGCUACAUUUUCCGCCUCAGUUGCACACAAAUGGGUCAGUGGGCAAUUGGUCACGUGGCCAAUGAUGGCAGCAUUGUGCAAACUAUUCCCCAGAAUAGACCUUUCUGCCAAGCACUCAUUCAAGGUUUCAUGGAGGGCUGCUACUUGUACCCCGAUGGGCAUGAUGUAAACCCUGACCUUACCCACAUGUGCAAUCCAGCUCACAAGGGUCGAGUCAAAGUUACAGAGGAGCAGUAUGAGUUAUAUAGUGAGAUUGGCAGCACUUUUCAGCUAUGCAAAAUUUGCACAGAGCGAGACAAGAACAUUCGCAUUCAGCCUUGUGGGCAUCUGCUGUGUCAGCCCUGCCUGACUGGCUGGCAGAAGUCAGACGGACACACAUGCCCCUACUGCCGGUGUGACAUCAGAGGCACUGAGUCUAUCCUCAUUGAGCCGUUCCAGUCAGCGAGAGACAGUAGGGAUAGCCGGAGGGAGGAAGAGGAGGAAGACGAAGAGGAUGAUCAUGAGGAUAUAGAGCUGGUGAUGAAACAACUGGCUUGUAUGAAAAAGAUAUCCAGCCUUUCACCUCCUCCUCUUCCUCCAAAACACAGCACACUCUCCCCCUAUCCCUCACCUAGACCACACUCCAAAUCUGGCUCCGGCACAAAGACCAUGGCUCAGUCUAGCUUUGAAGCCACACACAGACCCUGGUCAGAAAACCUGCCAUGUCAAACUAAAGACUCCUCAGAUAGGUAUGACAUGAAGAAU